ACAAGCACCGAUCCCGACAUAGAUCUAACACCAUUUCCACUUCCUCAAAAUGGACCAUGUUUUAGCCAGAUUUCAUGGAUUAAGACCAUUAUUUAAGAUGCAUCCUGUACGUUUCUCAAGUUGAAUGAACCAAGAAGUUUAGGGAUACAAAUCUCGGUAGAUGUAGUAGAUCAGUUAGCCUAAUUUUGUUGAGUGCUUGAGUUGUUUACAGUGGUGGACUAUUUAUAGAGUUAGGAAAUAGACAGGAACUAACUUGUAUCAAAAUUGUAGCUGUAUUUUUGGGGUCGUGUCAAUGACAUUGGUAGUACAUUGUAUAAUAACCUGCCCAAGCCCUUAUUUUGUUGUAUGUAUAUAUUGUAGGCUAUAUAACAUAUUGAAUAUUUUUAGCUAUAAGAUAACAUGAAAUUUCUGUUCUCUGCUCAAUAAUACACUGGUGAUAUUCAUGAUUUCAUGUCUUGGUGUAGCUAGGCUUGUUGUUCAAUUAGUUUUGGUUGAUCUAAUUUUAAAAAUGAUUGCCAUUAUUAUUAGAUUUUAUGGCUGUUAUUAAUGGCAUUUGUUUCAAUUAGAUCUUGUUUCACAAAAGUUCACUUCAUUAUUCUGUAGUUUAUUAUGAAAGUUUAUUGAAAUGUAUAAGAAGACUUGUGGAUGACAUAGGUUAUUACUGCUUUUGUGAAUCCGUUUCAUGCUGCUUUAUAUUGGUUGUGCCAGUUUCCGAAUAGAUAUAUUGACAUUUAAGAAUAAGCCAGCAUGAAAUAUGAACAAAGUGAAAGGAAAUGACAAGGUAAACAUUAUAUAAUAUCUGGAUCGAGGUUGCUGAUCAAGACAAUUAUUUGGAACAGGUUUUUCUGUGUCAACAUGAAUGAUACAGAUGAUAGUGAAUACUACGAUGAACCGGUCUAUGUUUUAGACUUGUCAUUAAAGAAAAGACCUCCCCGCGAAUCACAUCAAGAUGAGGAUAUUUUAACAGCAGAUAGUGAUGAUUAUGUAAAUACGAAUGAAAGUGAAGAGUACUAUACGUCUGAAGAGCAUCAGAGUAAUGCUGGUGGUGGCACUUAUAAAAAACAUUUAUUGAAACGAUACUUAAACACAUGUGAUAGAAAAGAACCUCGACAUCAUCAUGAUGGAGAGGGCAUGUUGGUCAUGUCACCUGAUGCCAACAACGAAUCAAAGAGUUUUUUCCAAGUGUCUUCGCCACCAAGCCCAGCUGAUAGUGGAGUAUCAGAUAUAGAUAGUAGUUCAGAUGAAAUACGACUGAAACAUCAUUCCAAUCCAGUUUUUUUAAAUGCUCAAAGAAGCCAUGUUCCAAAUUCAUUGGUAUCUGUGCCAUUCCUUCCACCAUUUUGUCAACCACCUCCAGCACAUCAACCUCUUCCUGCUCAUUUUAACUCCGCAACACAUAUAGCCAUGAGACCAGAUCAUAUUUUUGAAGCAUUAAAUCCAGUAGAUUGUUCCCCUUUACAUGCUCAUCCUAAAGAAAACCAAAAUUACACUGUAUCACCUCCUGUACUCAAACUCAAAUUAAAGAAAGGUCGAAAACCUAAAUCCAGUAGUCUUCAGUUAGAUUCGUGUAGCCCUAUGCUGCCUAGACGCAAACGAGAAGGAAAUACUACAUAUUUGUGGGAAUUUUUACUUCAAUUACUACAGAAUCGAGAAACAUGUCCACGAUAUAUUAAAUGGACAAGCAGAGAAAAGGGAAUUUUCAAACUUGUCGAUUCUAAGGCUGUCUCAAGGUUAUGGGGUAUGCAUAAGAAUAAACCUGAUAUGAACUACGAAACAAUGGGACGGGCUUUAAGAUAUUACUACGCUCGAGGUAUAUUAAAUAAAGUUGAUGGACAAAGAUUGGUUUAUCAGUUUGCUGAAGUUCCCAAGAGAAUCAUUGAAGUGGAUUGUUCAUAGCUAUAUAAUACAGUACUACAUGUAUAAUAAUAAUAAUAUAUAAUACCACACUGCUCCUCCAAAGAUGUGUUUAUUGUAUAUAUGUAAAUAAUAGACACAGUUCAUAUUGAUUCCAUUUAUAAUUAAUAAUUACUGUCAGAAAUAGUUAAUGCCAAAUUCUAACAACCAAAUAACACUUCCUGUACAGGCAUCUACAAGUUAUUCCAGCACUGGAAGUUAUUAUUUUUGUUAUAAUAAUAUCAGACACUAAUGAACUAGUAGCGAACUUUGGCGUAUCCACCUUGUAUUACAAAUAUUAAUAUGAACUUGAUAAAAGUCAAAUAUUAAAUACGCAAGUUUUGGAAUUUUGGGUAAUUACCUAGAUUAGUUAUUUUAAGAGGCAUUAAAUCUUUGGAGAUCUUCACGGGGCAGUAAAAAUCUCUAUUUUUUGCCAAUAUUUUACUACUAGAAGAAUGCCCGGCUUCGCUCGGGGGGUCAUAACCCCGAAACCGGAAGUGGUAGACUAACGCCACCUAGCCUAUGUUACUCCCAGGUCCGAGCUACCCCUAUAAACCAAAUUUCAGACUCGGGACAGACCUAGUGUAGCCGCCAACCCCGAACAGACAGACAAACUUCACAAAUAUUAGUAUAGAUACAGAAAUAUUGGGUGUGUCAAAUUAGAUUACACAUUUGAGACACAUCUGCCAAUCCAUAACUGCCAUAUAGAUGUUUAAACUAAAUAAUUAGCCUAGCCCAGGGUUCUUUUAAAUAUGAAAUUAAUUAUAUUUAUUUUCUUGUUGAGAGUUCUAAUUCUAAUGUGUCUCACAUUAACGAUUAAGUCUGGUUUGUCUGAUUGGCAGACAUGUUUGUUUUCCUAUUUUUAUACGUAAGUGGAAGAUGGACAACUAAUUUUGGUUGAUGCCUGUAUUAGUGUGAAUCUAUGAAAGAUUGAGGAAUGUCCUACUAAUGACAAGUUUAAUAAUAAAAUUCAAUAUUCUGUGUUAAUCUAAAAAUACAGAAGUACAACAUAAAUAUUUAGCUAUGUUAACUGGUGAUGUGGUAUGGGGUGUUCUAGAUAAGAACGUUGGCUUUCGUUUGAUAUCUUUGAAAUUGCUACAAUUUCUUUAAAAGGUUACUUAGUAAAAUAUUUUGGCAGUAAUCUAAAAUAUACAAAAUUCAAUUUUUAUUUGAAUUAUGUUAUGGCAGUUAUAAAAAAUUGAAUGAAUGGGACCAUAAUAGAAGUACUGCUAUGUAUCGAAGAAUGUUUGCUAUGAAGAAGCCUGUACAGAACUUUCUUUGCCUUGAAUAGAAAUGAUGCCCCUGUUGUCAUGACCACCAGAGAAUAGAACAGUUUUACAUACUUGUUCAUUUAAACCAACCUUGUUGAGGCUGGAUAACAGGAAUAUAUUGAAAUCUGUAGACAUUAUUAUCUUACAACGAAUAAAAAUGAAAAAGCUUGUCAAUUCUUCAUCGGCAUUCAGUUGUACAGCCAAUUUGUAUUGAAUAAAAAUUGAUUAUUUCAGAUAAAUACAGAUUUAUGUAUAUUCUGUCUGACAUGUACACUCAAAGCCAUUAAAAACACAAUGCCAAAUCCAAAGUUUAUUUACUGCAACAACUUUUAAAAAAUGUACAUAACAAUUGACAAAAUCGAGAUAACAAGCAUCUGUGGAUAAUUUCAUGAAAGAAUUCACUACAAAUGCACAAAACCGAAACGUCAGAGAACCAUGAAACAAAGCAGGGGUCAGCUGAAGUCAAUAUCGGUUAUGUCCACCCUGAGCUCUAACCACAUGCCUGAAGUUGCCUUGGCAUGGACUGGCACAGAUGUCUCACUACAGGCUGUGGGAUUGUUUGCCAAUGAUUUUGGAGUGCCCGUGCCAACUCUGCAACAGUUCGUGGUGGCACGGCUUGAGUUCGAACCCAUUGUCCAAGUUCAUCCCAAAGGUGUUCGAUCAGGGUUCAUGUCGGGAGACAUAGCGGGCCAAUCCAUAACACGGACAUGAUUGUUCAGAAAGUCUCUUGUCAACCUGGCAGUGUGGGGUCGGGCGUUGUCAUGCUGGAAAACCAUCUGUCGAUGGACGCCAUGUUGACCCAGCAAUGGAAGCAACACCGGACGAAGGUUGGCGUCAGCAUGCCAAUAGCUCUGUUCCUGUUUUCUUGUGUAUGGCGUGGCAUUUUUCCGAAGUGAUGAAUGUUGAAAUUUUGAUCUGUAUUUAAAGGGCCAGAGUGCAGGGAAUGCACGUGCAAAACGUGUGACAUGGAACUGCUUAAAUUCGUGAAAAAAGACAAGUGUUGCGUUGCACGAACAAAGUUCAUUACCAAGAACUGAUAUUGGGUUCAAACCCAAAACUCCACAAAAAGAGACCCGCCACAAGUUUCACCUAUGUGCCAUAAGAUAGGAAAGCCCAAGAAAACGUUUACCAGAAAUAUUUCAUGAAUUAGGCAUUGCGUUUUUAAUGGCUUUGAGUGUACUUGUACAAAUUUGUAUCCUUGAAAAUAACUUGAACCAUGUAUUUCAUAUUUCUUAAGAUUCGUCUUUGAUAAACCUGUCUGUCUCUGCUAUGUUUAUCUACAUGUAUAGAAUUGAUAUUUUAUGACGUGCAGAGUUGGUUUACUGAAGAUAGAUCACAUUACCUCACAGAAGUAAAAAAACUUGACGUUUACGUUAAGAGAUAUAUGCUCUUUAAGAACUGUUCCAUUGUGCUUGCUUUUUUUUUUUUUUUAAAUUAAUUAUAAUUUAAGAUGGUUUCAGUUUGUGAUGAAUAAUGAUUUAUUUGGUUGUUUAUCUUUGAUAUGAUAUGUAUGUACAGUAUUAUUACAAGUAAUAAAAAUCAGUUAAAAUUAUUCUUCAGCUAUUUUUAGCAGAACAAAACUUACACGACAAAAUCUUGUGGAUUCAUGUGAAAAAAAGGGUUGAUUUGCAAAAGGUCUAAGAAAUAUAUUUGGUGAAAAAUAAAUAAGAAAACAGAACUAUAUAGAUAAUGUACUUCCACUUUUACAAGAUGAAAACUUUUAUCACAUAUGAUUUUAUCCUAAUUCAUAAUAUCAUAGAUAUUAUUAGGAUUUUUAAUUUUUCCAUGAUUUCUUUCAAAUAUAGCUCAAUCUUUGUUAACAUAUUAUUUAGAACUUACAUAUAGAAUUUAUCUUUUGUUCUCUUUGUGUUCUUGCAUGAUUAUUUAAUUUGUAGAGAAAUUAUUAUCAUUAUUAUUAUUAUUGCCACAAUGAUUCCACAAAAUUUUAUAUAGUGCUAAAAUGUGACAAUAUUGACGUCCGAGAAUGUUCUCGAAGGGUAAAAUUAUUGUAAAUAUUGAAAGCUUGCUUGAGAGAUAGAAUUGGUAUUGAAGUUAACAUGUUUGAAUGUCUGAAAAACCAUCAACUAUAACAGGGUUAAAAGAAACUCAGUUUUAACUCUUUGCUGAUCUAUAAUUUCCUAAUCCUUGAUGCAAAUUGAUAUUUGGUUGAAAGAAUUGUUUGGCAUUUUAUGUCUAAGAGAUAAUUGUAGCAAGAGAGAAAUGAAUGUUUUAAUUCUUACUGUGAAAUACCAAUAUUAAAGCAUAAAUUAUUUAAUACAUUUUACUCACUGAUCUUAUGUUUCUACCAUUCCCUGUUAUUCCAUACAAUAUUUAACUUCUUUAAUCUUCUAUGUCAAUGUUUGUCAGUUAAGACAAAAAAAGAAUCAUUUAUUAUACCAUUGGACGUCUGACAACAUUGUUUCUUAUUUUAUAAUUUGAAGUUCUGUUCAGAAACUUGAUGGAUAUAUGUGGGUCUUACUUUGGACACUGGACAUUUUUUCUGAAGUAAAAAAAAAAAAAUGUUUUCAGACAUUAUAGUAAAUACAAUUACUGUAAUUAUUUUAUGUUUUUUUGUUGAUUAUAUGUUUGUUUUGUUUUAGCUUUUGGAAUGCUACAAUAUGCAAUUCACAUAGGUUUUACACACUGGCCAGUACAACUUUAUAGUGUUUUAAAAAUUUGUAAUUACUCAUUUUUUGUUGGUUUAUCAAGUUAGUUUAAAGAUUUAUAUUUUUGUUUUUAGAUUACAGUUAAAGUUUUAAUUCGUACUUUAAUAAAAUAUAGUUAUUAUACAUGAGUUGAUCAAUAGUAUUAAACAUGGUUUUAAUACCUGUAUUAAACAUGGUUUUAAUACCUGUAUUAAACAUGGUUUUAAUACCUACAUAAUAGUUGAUAAAUAUAGUUUGUAAAUCUAAGUUGAUUAAAAUAGUUUAUAAAAGUAAGUUGAUUAAAAUAGUUUAUAAAAGUAAGUUGAAUAGCAUAGUUUGAACACCUACAUAAAUGUGUAUAAGUUUAUACAUAGCUUUAAUACAUUAUUUGAUAGACUUAGUAUGGUAUAUACAUGUAUUUAUAUACAAAUAAAAAUUAUAGAAAAUUAGUUUGUCAUAUGAAGAUAAAUUCCACACAAUCUGGUUAAAACACAGAUCCUAUUUCAUUUCGUUUUUAUAGUUCAAAAUUUCGUUUUACUUGUCUUUACUACACUUGGAUCUGGAAGAGUUGUUAUUUAACUGUGUUCUGAAUGGUGUCAGGGAUAAGCCAAUGAAACGGUCUGUUACGGCCAGCUUUAGGCGUGUUUUUCACGGAACUGUGGGUAAUCCACUAGUAACAUCAAUGCUGAUUGGUUAAUCAAAUGUCUGACAUCAUAGGGUCAUAAGUCAGUCUUUUGACCCCUGAUGUGACCUAUCGCUAUAACUUGUCAGAUCUUCAUGUAGUGUAGGCCAUCGAAAGUAUAAAAAAAAAAACCGAAAUAUAGAUGUGUAUUUUAAUCAGAUUGAAUUCGACAUGAAGUGGAUGUCUGGCUAGGAAUUGAAUAAGGUAGAUUUGAUAUGAAAGAAAAGUGUUCCGCUUAAAAUCAACAUCUUUGGCUCCUCUAUGACCACACCUUCUUUAGCAUGCCUGGAAACCUAGUGGCUCAUGCUAAUGUUUCAACUUCAAACCAAAACUCUUAAAGCUGUAAUGCUAGCCAAACAAUUGCUUAGCUACAAGUAAAUGUAUCCUAAAGCAAGAACUGAUGUUUUAGGGAAGGACAUAGGAUUUGUUAGAAUGUGCUUCCAAUGAAUUUUGUAGAAAGUGUUCAUUUGUAAUUAAUUACCUUACUAAUUAGAUCUAUAAUAUACAGGUAUUAUUGUCUUUAUAUGGAUCUCAACAACUGCUUUAACAAUAAUAUUUUACACCAGUUUCCCCUCAUAAACAAAUUCAAUUUUAUAUAUUUACAGGUUUUCAUUUAGUAAACUGAUACAUUUGAUCAAAUUAUGUAUUGCAUUCUCAUUAGUAAACUGAUACAUUUUGAGGUCUCUUUUCAAAAGGUUAGAUUAGCAUCAAUAUGUAGUCCUUAAGACAACUUUUGAAAGCGACUUCUAAACGAAACCCAACAGAUUCACAGUUAAUAUAUGUGUUUUAUUAAAAGCAUAAGAUUUAUAGUGCAUACAUUAAACAAUUAUUAUUCAGAUAUGUUCUUGUUAAUUAAUGUAGUUAUUAAUGAAUUAAUGACCUUAUUCCAAAUAAUAUAUCAUUUUGUUUGUGUUUAUUGUGUAAAAAUCUAGGAUUGUAAGAAUGGUCUUCUCCUAGUGUUGAUAUUGUUGAUCACAUCUACUGUGGUUAAUAACAUUUUCAUGGAAUAAAUAAAACUAUUUUUAUGAAUAAAAAGAUAUAUAUUAAUAUG